AAGAAAAAAAAAAGAAGAAGACAGCCUGCUCCUCUCCCGAGAAACCCUCCUCGCAUGGAACUCUUCGACCCCGAUCCCCCUCUCCCAUUCCUCGGACCCCAACCCCUUCUUCGGCGCUACCGACGAGUCCCCCCCUCCGACGAGUCCCCCCCUCUCCGAUGCCUCGGCACCGAGCUCGAGAGGGGGAGCCUUUUUCCCAUCAUUCCCGCGAUUGGAGAGGCUCGGCACUUCGACGUUCUCACAUCGUUCGAAAAAGCUCCGACUCCAGAAUCGACUCAAAGCUCUCGCUUAGGUCUUCUUCAAGCCCUGUUCUUCAACUUGGACGACUCUUCUUCCUCAGCUUAAUCGGCUCCUUCAAAUUCGUCAUCCCAUUGAGAUUUAUAUCUAUGGGUGAGGAUAUUUCGGACAUCGAAAGAUUGCCUGACAGAAUCAAAGACCUCAUCUUGUUACCAUUCAAAAGACGACUAUGGUCAGAAUUUCCAUUUGGUCUGCUUGUGAUGAUUGCUGCCCGGCUCGAUCCUCCGGAUGUCGUUGCUUUUCGAUCAAUUUGCAAGCGAUGGAGACUAGCGGCACCCCUUGUGCAUCGAGCGGACGUAUGCCCUUUGCUGCUAGAUAGAAGUGAGAUAAAUAGGAAUACAAUAAAACUACACAGCCCGGCGGUGAAUAAGACCUUUAUUGUGAAAUCUUUCCUGGAUUUACCACAGUCAUCGUGCCGUUUUGCGACGAAAGAUUGGCUUGCAUUCGUAACGGAAAAUGGAAUAUUGUUAGCGAAUGUAUUCAAGGGAAUUUCGUAUCAGUUUCAUCAUCAAACCGCUGGAGAUUGCGAAACACUAGCACUCAUCGGUGAACCAGCAAAAGGGUUUAUAAUCGUCCUGUUUUACAACUUCGUGAGCUAUAUGUAUAUUGAAGUUUACGAUGGCAACAAGUGGUCAUCGAGAUUCUACGACAACAAUGGUAUAUUUGAAGAGCAGAGUAGGACCUCUCCUGUUGUACAUCGAGGUAAAGUGUUUCUGUUUGACAAGAAAGGAAGGUUAGGAGUAUACUCAAUAAAAGAUGCUAGCUGGGCUGUGCUUCCGCAGCCGAAGAGUUUACCUGUUCCCUUCAAGCCCGCUAGCUAUGAUGAUUUGCUUUUUCCGGAUCGUGCACAAAUAAAUGAAGAGGGAGAGGAUGAAUACAUCUCUGAAUUCUUUCUAGUUGUAUCAAACGAUUUAUUGCUUUCGUUAGUCAAAACCGGUAGAAAUCCGCCAAAAUUGCUUAUCUUUUAUUUGACGGAGGACACGAUGAGCUGGGAACCGGUGAGUUCUCUCGGGGAGUAUUCUGUUUUCGCCGGAUUUCCGAUAUCGAUAUCCGCAACUCCGUCAGUUAAGAAAAUGGAAAACCGGGUUUACUUUCCAAUGUGGAUUGAUCACUCCCAAGAAAUUGAAGCUGAGAUAACGGUAUUUGAGGAGCAUCCCUAUUUUGUGUCCAAAGUGCUCUUUUCUGAUGAAAUGGAGGGCGCAUCCGUCAUGCAAUAUUUUUCUGUAGCUGCACAAAACUUCAACAUUCAGGUUGCAGAAGCAGAGCAAAAUAACUUUAGGACCUGGAUAAACAUGGAUGGACAAGAGGUCUGCAGCAACUUUUGUACAGAGCAUGAAUUUUUGUUUCCCAAUUUGGAGCUCUGAACUUUUAAUUCUUUAAAUUUGAGUACUUUUACAUUUUGAACUGCAGAUCUGCAGAAACUUCUGUGUACAGUUUUUUCCAGCCCAUCUUGAUCAUAGUGUAAAAAAGGACACAUAUGGGACUAUAUAGUUUCAUUUG